GCAGGCAGCGCUGUGCGGGCUGCGUUGGGGCUGCAGCGGGACCAGGUGCUGGGGGGGCGGCGGCGGCGGCGAGCCCGCAGCGACCCCAGAGCGCGGGGCAGCGCCGCGAUGCGCCUUCCCCUCGGGCAGGCUCCCCACCCUCGGGCGUAGCAGCGGCUGGACCCGGCGCGGCUUCUCCUCCGUGAUGUCCCCCAGGCAGCAGGGAAAGGCGACUCACUCGAGUGCUGGGGUGAAGGCCUAGUGUCUCCAGCGCCGCUCGCGCCCGCUCCCUCUCCCGCACCCCUCCGCCGGCGAUGAUGGCAGAAGAACAGCAACCUGAUCCCCCGCAGCCGCCGCCGCCGCAGCAGCUCCCCGGCACCCCCGCGCCAGGGGGGGCUUUGCCAGCCCUGGUGCCCGGGCUGCAAGGGACGGAAGCCAACGCGCUGCAACACAAAAUCAAGAACUCCAUCUGCAAAACUGUACAAUCUAAGGUGGACUGCAUUUUGCAAGAAGUUGAGAAGUUUACAGACCUAGAGAAACUCUACCUCUACCUUCAACUGCCUUCGGGUCCCAGCAAUGGAGAGAAAAGCGAUCAGAUCUCGAUGUCAUCAAGCCGUGCGCAGCAAAUGCAUGCAUUUUCUUGGAUUCGGAAUACCUUGGAGGAGCACCCAGAGACAUCCCUUCCCAAACAGGAAGUUUAUGAUGAGUACAAGAGCUAUUGUGACAAUCUUGGCUACCAUCCUUUAAGUGCUGCUGACUUUGGAAAGAUCAUGAAAAAUGUCUUUCCAAAUAUGAAGGCCCGCCGUCUGGGCACAAGAGGCAAAUCAAAAUAUUGCUACAGUGGACUGAGGAAGAAAGCUUUUGUGCAUAUGCCAACACUGCCCAACCUUGGCUUCCAUAAAACUGGAGAUGGGUUGGAUGGGUCAGAUCCAUCAGGGCAGCUACAAAGUGCUGAUGAGGAAGUUGUGUCGGCCGCCUGUCGACUUGUGUGCGAAUGGGCCCAGAAAGUCCUAAGCCAGCCAUUUGAUUCAGUCUUGGAAUUAGCUCGUUUCCUUGUCAAAAGUCACUACAUCGGCACCAAAUCAAUGGCAGCUUUAACAGUAAUGGCAGGGGCGCCAGCAGGAAUAAAAGGGAUCCCUCAACCCUCUGCUUUUAUACCCACGGCUGAAAGUAAUUCUUUUCAGCCUCAAGUGAAAACUCUCCCAUCACCAGUUGAUGCCAAGCAGCAGCUACAGCGUAAGAUCCAGAAGAAGCAACAGGAACAGAAACUGCAGUCUCCUUUGCCGGGAGAGUCUCCAGCAAAGAAAACAGAGGGAGCUACAGCCAAUGGAGUAACAAGUAUUUCUAAUGGAAGUCCUGCAAUCUUGUCUCCUCAACCUAUCGGUAUCGUAGUGGCAGCUGUACCCAGCCCCAUACCGGUACCGAGGACCAGACAGCUGGUGACAUCUCCAAGUCCCAUGGGCUCCUCUGAUGGCAAGGUUCUUCCGCUCAAUGUUCAGGUGGUCACUCAGCACAUGCAGUCAGUCAAGCAGUCACCAAAGACUCCUCAGAAUGUUCCAGCCAGUCCAGUUGGUGACCGUUCCGCCCGGCAUCGUUACCCACAGAUCUUACCUAAGCCAGCAAACACCAGUGCUCUCACCAUCCGCUCGCCUACUACGGUGCUUUUCACCAGUAGCCCAAUCAAGACAGUUGUGCCAGCUCCACAUGUAAAUUCCUUAAACGUGGUAAAAAUGACAGCAAUAUCUCUUGCCCCUAGCAGCAGUAGUGUACCCGUCAAACACACUACUUCACUGAACAGCAGUACAGGAGCAAUGGAAGAAUCGAGAACUGUUCCUCAGAUUAAAAAUGGGUCUGUUGUUUCACUUCAGUCUCCAGGAUCCAAGACAAGCAGUGUUGUAGCUACACCUGCAGUUGAGAUCAAAAUGGAACCAGAAGCAUUACUGGAUGAGAACCCAAUACAGUGCCAAGAGAAUUCUGAUGUGUCUAAAGCUAUAAAAGGAGCACCGGGCCUGCCUGCUGCUCAGAGGAAUCAUUUUGAGGGUACAACCUUGAAAGCUUCAACUGAGAGCAUCAGUGAAGUGAAAACAGUUAAGGGCUGUGAUCAGAGAGCUGAAGGAGCAAGGACCAAAUAUAAAGCCCGACCUAAAGAAAUCAUACCAGUUUCUUCAGCAGGCAAUAAUCAAAGCACUCUUACUCUCUCAGUUGCCACUCAAAACUUCUCCAACCCCAGCAUCAGUUCACCUCCUAGUGGUGAUUCUACUGUUAAAGAUAAAACAUGCACUAAAAGUCCAAGGAAGCGACUACCUUCUACGCUUCAGGAGUCCCAGGUACCACCUGUAAAGAAACCACUUGUGGGGCAGCUUUCAGCAGGUAGCAUGGAAGGUCAAAAAGGAAGCAGUGUUAAGAAGCUUCAGAAGGUUGUAUCAUUAGCUAGAAAUGACAGUACUAUAGCACUUGCUCAAGUUCCUAGCAAGGUCACUAUAAAAGUAAAUUCUACAGCUUCAACACACUUAGUGACAAACUGUCCAUUGAAUUCCAAUGUUAUAAAUACCAGUGAUUCCACUUUGGGACAGCAGCUCACAGCCUCAUCUCCAGAUAUAAAAGUAAAAUUGGAAGGAAAUUUGUUUAUCUUAGAAAAUGAUUCAAAAUCUGAUGGCAGCUUUAAUCCAAAUCCAUGGCAGCAUAUCACUAAAACCUCUGACUUUACAUCUGUGAACUCUGAACAGCAGCAAGAUAUCAGUGUUAUGACUAUUGCAGGACAGUCUGACUCUAAUGAUUUACAGGAAUCUGUAUGGGAGCCAGUGCACUGUGAAGGAAUACAACAGGAUACAUACAGCCAGCAGUUACAGAGCCAGAUCCAAGAAUCAGCUUUGGGUCAAAUACAAGCACAGUCCUCAAAUCAGUUACCGUUACCUCUGCAGUCUGAGCUAAAAGAAUUCGAACAUACAGUCCCUCAGUCAAACGAAAACUUCUUUUCAUUUGAUGAUGACCUUACACAAGACAGCAUUGUGGAGGAACUGGUGCUCAUGGAGGAGCAAAUGUCAAUGAACAGUUCUCAUCCUUAUGGUAGUUGUCUGGGAAUGGCACUGCAGAAUCAGACAGCAGCUCAAGGAGCUCCAAUGUCAUCUCAUCCAAGCAAUACGCACUUCUACCAUUCAAUCCAUAACAAUGGCACUCCAAUUCACACUCCCACACCUACCCCGACUCCCACACCUACCCCGACUCCGACCCCAACACCCACGUCAGAAAUGAUUGCUGGAUCUCAGAGUGUGUCACGAGAGAGCCCGUGCUCACGACUGGCUCAGACUACUCCUGUAGACAGUGCUCUGGGAAGUAGCCGGCAUACACCCAUUGGCACACCACAUUCAAACUGCAGCAGCAGUGUCCCUCCUAGUCCUGUGGAAUGCAGAAAUCCUUUUGCAUUUACUCCAAUAAGCUCCAGUAUGGCAUACCAUGAUGCCAGCAUUGUCUCGAGUAGCCCUGUGAAACCAAUGCAGCGACCUAUGGCUACUCACCCUGAUAAAACCAAACUUGAGUGGAUGAAUAACGGGUACAGUGGAGUCACUAAUUCAUCAGUUUCAAAUCAUGGCAUUCUUCCAAGCUAUCAGGAGCUAGUGGAAGACCGUUUCAGGAAACCUCAUGCUUUUGCAGUUCCUGGCCAGUCAUAUCAGUCUCAGUCCCGGCACCAUGAUACUCACUUUGGUCGUGUGACUCCUGUGUCACCUGUAUCACAUCAGGGAUCCUCUGUAAAUAGCACCAACAAGCAGGAAGGCUUUGCUGUUCCUGCUCCUCUUGACAACAAAGGAACAAGUUCCUCUCUCAAUAACAGUUUCAGAUGCCGGAGUGUAAGCCCUGCUGUCCAUCGCCAACGUAAUCUUAGUGGAAGCACUGUCUAUCCAGUUUCUAAUAUACCACGCUCUAACUUGACCCCUUUCGGAAGUCCAGUGACACCUGAAGUUCACAAUGUGUUCACAAAUAUUCAUGCUGACACUAGUGCCAAUAAUAUAGCUCAAAGGAGUCAGUCAGUCCCUUUGACUGUCAUGAUGCAGACAGCCUUCCCCUCUCUUCAGAAACAAACAAACACUAAAAAAAUAACAAAUGUGUUGUUAAGCAAACUUGAUUCUGAUGGCGAUGAUGCAGUGAGAGGUUUGGGAAUGAACAACAUGCCUUCAAAUUACACAGCGAGGAUGAAUCUCACUCAGAUUUUAGAAACAUCCACCACUUUUCCUAGUGCCAACCCGCAAAAUAUGAUCAAUUCCAGCACUUCAGUUUAUGAAUUCCAAACACCAAGUUACCUCACAAAAAACAGCAGCACCGAUCAGAUCAGUUUUUCUUCUGGAGAUAACCAAGCACAAUCAGAAAUUGGAGAACAGCAAUUAGAUUUCAGCAGCACUGUAAAAGACUUUUUAGGGGAGGACAAUCUGCAAACCAACCAGCAGCUGGUGAAUCAGGUGGUGUCAGAUCUCAAUAACGUUGCAUCUGUCUUUUCCAGCGACAUCAGGUUGUCUUCCGACCUCUCAGGCAGCAUUAAUGAUCUGAAUACUUUAGAUACAAAUCUACUGUUUGAUCCAGGUCGUCAGCAGGGACAAGACGACGAUGCUACACUGGAGGAAUUAAAGAAUGACCCCUUGUUUCAACAAAUCUGCAAUGAAUCCAUUAACUCAAUGACUACAUCAGGUUUUGAGUGGAUGGAGAGUAAGGAUCAUCCUGCUGUUGAAAUGUUGGGUUAAAUUUGUUUAAUAAUAUGUAUGUAGCACACUGUAUCUGAAAGACAGACGUAUUGUAUUUGUCUUAAUGGAAGUGCCUCCUGCAGCAGAAACACUUGCUAAGAAUUGUGGCAUUUUUAAAAAAAGAGUUUGCUGUACAAGUUGCUUAUUCUUCAACUGGGAAUAGGCAGUCUUUUCAAUUUUAAAUAAAUUUCUGAAGGCUAUUGAAGAGCCAGUAUUAGAAUUUAAAUUUUAUAGGGUUCCCACUUAAUAGCAUUUCUUAUUGUAGCAAAAAUAUAUAUACAAAGUGAUUGAAAACCAGCAUUCACAACUUCAGUAGAGGUGUUUGGAGGGUUUUAAAUCCAACUUACUUGUUACUAGAGAUUCAGUACUUUGUAUUGCCUGCUACUUCUGAGGAGAUGUUUGAUAUUGGCCUGUGUUAUUCAAGUCAGAAAUGUGUGGGACUUGUAGACAAGUAGGCGGUUGAUGAGAGGGAGGGGCUACAGCUUGAUGAAGGGCAUACAAGUGGUGUUGUCAUUGAGCAUUACCCAGAGCUGCAGUACUGUGGUGAACCAUGAGAAAUGUCUGUGGCACCAUUUACAUCUAUGAUGAAGGGCUAAGAUAGGAGAAAAUAAUGGGAAUGAUCAAGGAAAGAGAAAAAUGCACUAAAAUUUUAUUUUAAAUAUAUAUAUUUAGUGUUUUUAGCCAUAGAUAUCCAUGACCUCACCUUAAUGUUAUUUUAGUUUUCACUUUAAAUGUUGGGUUUUAAUAUGAGGUAAAAAUGCAUGAUAAAAAAUUCUGAGCACUGAGGCUUAAUAAAAGUAGACAUAUGUAUAUUAGAAAAUGAUAGUUACUGUUUUAUUAUUUAUCAGAAUUAGAGAAGGUGACAUGACAUUUGUUUUCUUUUUUCAGUAGAAUGGCUGCAUGAGCUUAUUAAAGUAUUAUUGUGUUUAAGAUUUGUUAUUAAACCCAUCUGUUCUAACCUAAUGGGGGGUAGAGGAAGGUGUUUUUCCUCUUUAUUUUUCAGUAGGCUGCCCCUUUCUGUGCCUCCUGGAAAAAAAAGAAGAUGAUAAAAAUGUUCUGAUCUUGGCUGAUAACUAUUAAAAAUAACUUCUAUAGAGCCAUAAUGUUACCAGGCACUUUACAAACAUGCAGCAAGACACAUGAAGUCCUCGGGUAAAAUUUUCAAAAGUGCUUAUGUCCCAUUUUC